AUGGCAAAGGUAGUUGGCAUUUGUGGGUUGCUUUUCAUGAUAUUCACCGCCACCUCCCCGGCGGCGCAUAGCGUCACUUUCGGGCCCGAGGCGGUGGACCAGUGGUUCAAAAUGCUUCCCCACGCCGAAGAAAAGGUAACUAAACUGCACUUUUAUUUUCACGACAUUCUCACCAGCAAAAACCCAACUGCUCUGAAAAUAGCCGAGUCCGACAUUACGAACAAAUCCGCUACUUUGUUCGGCUUCCUGGCGAUGGCGGACGAUCCAUUGACGGUGGGCCCAGAGCCCAACUCCAGGAUCAUCGGCCGCGCCCAAGGGAUCUACGGCUCAGCAGCGUUCAACGAGAUUGGGCUGCUCAUGACACUCAACUUCGUGUUUACGGAAGGGGAAUAUAACGGCAGCACUCUGAGCAUUCUUGGGCGGAACCCUAUUUUAAACGAGUAUCGCGAGAUGCCGAUCGUCGGCGGGUCUGGUGUUUUCAGGCUAGCUCGAGGAAUCGCCACGGCCAAGACUUAUUGGUUUAAUGCUACGUCGAAUAAUGCCAUUGUGGAGUAUCAUGUUGUGGUAUUGCAUUACUGA